AUGUGGAAGCUAUCCCCUUUCCGCUCGUUAUUUCAUCUCCCUAUUCGCAGCGGAUUGACCCGAGGUUCUCGAGGUUUCAUGAACUCAACGGUGCUUAGGGGUGAAAACGCGGUACAUGAUACCAAGUUGAAUACGCAUGGUCGGGACGAGCUAUUCAGAUAUACCUCUGGACGGUGGUUGAUCAAUGAGAAACAUCAGCUUGACCAGCGUUUUGUGGAAUUCAGCAUUGACAUGCUAUGCUCCCGUGCUGCUGCUAUAUUUGGACCUAAAACGAAAUGUGUGCGGGUUGUCAAGAUCGAGGGAAAUUCUAACAAGGCCUUUCUUCUUACAAUGGAUGAUGGGAACGAAGUGAUAGCGAAGAUCCCCUGUCCCAAUGCUGGAGCUCCAUUCCUAACAACAGCCUCCGAGGUAGCAACAUUGAGGUUUUUGCGAUCUCGCAUAUCAAUUCGAGUACCCGAAGUAUAUGCCUGGGACUCAGACUCAUCAAACCCGGUGGGAGCAGAAUAUAUCAUUAUGGAAAAGAUCUGUGGAGUUGCUCUUGCAGAGAUAUGGGAGUCAAUGAAUUCAUUGCAACGCUACGAGAUAAUUAACCAAAUUGUGAAAAUGGAAACAGAAUUUAGGAGCUUAAAAUUACCAGCAUACGGCAGACUCUUCCUGCGAGAUUCCCUACCACCCGAAUACCAUCAUUAUCCACUCCCCUCGGAUUUGGACCCAGAUGGCUUGUUCUGCAUUGGCCCAUCGAACAGUCCACUUUUGUGUCAUAAUAAGCCUACAGAUGUAUCAAAAUCUAUUGUUGGGCCAUCCCUGAUUGCUAUGGAGAGGGAUAGAAUUCAAUCUCUUCUUAACCGGUUCGAUACUCACCAGUCUGUCGACGAGUAUUCUGAUCUAUUACAAAAGGCGACACAGGUACUUCCCUACCUAUCAAAGGACCUAGAGGUGCUUAAAUGGUCAGAUCCAGUCAUCUGGCAUAACGACCUCCAUUUCGGGAAUAUAUAUAUUUCUCCUAACGAUCCGACUAUAAUUCAAGGCGUGAUUGACUGGCAGUCAAUUGAAGCAAGCCCACUAUUUACGCAGGUGCAGUUUCCUGAGUUCCUCCGGCCACCAAAAAGUUACUGCCCGGGAACGGAGAUACCCGAAUUACCAGAUAAUUUUGACGCCUUAGACCCUGAGGAGAAAGAGACCGCUAAGGUAGAGCAUGCUCUAGCUACUCAGUCGAAGUACUAUGAAAUGUACUGCCUUGGGUACAAUAUACCUGCAUAUAAUGCGAUGAAACUGGAUCGACGGCUAUGGGAACCUUUUGUUUGUUGCGAACUUCCCCCAACAGGAUUCUUAGUUCCACUACGAAACUCUCUUAUUCGGAUUUUCCAAGACUGGAAUCUCCUUGGAUUUUCGGGUAGCUAUAUUAUCAAAGGCCAACUUCGCACCGAUGACAACGGCUGGGUCCCAAUCGAGAGGUGGGAGGCAACAAACAAGAUGAACGAGUAUCUUUUUGAUACUUACAUGAAGACCAUGAGCGAAGAGACGUCACCGGAGAUGGCGAACAAGGCUUGGCCCAUUCCUAAUGUGUGA